GUCUUCUUCUUCCUUGUCCCACACACACCCAUAAUAUUCUCUCCAUAAAAGUCAGAGUUACAGAACAAACCCAAUAACUAUUUUCUCAAUCUCUCUCUUUCACUAUGUGCCCCUCUCAAAGUCCAACCAUGCAUGCUUCUUCUUCUUCUUCUUCUUCUUCUUGGUUGUUGUGCUACAUGAAGCUUCGGUUCUUUGUUCGAAUCCGGAGGUUCCUACGAUCGAAAGCGGCGGCUCGGAAGCGACGGGAGCCGUCAGAUGGGUUUGAAUCGUUUGAUGUAGAGCGUACGAUGAUGAAAGGUGUUGAUAAGGAAGUUAUGGAGAGGGAGAGCGUGGAGGAUGAGUCGGCGGCGCUGCAAAGGUCGGUGAAGAAGCUUCACUUUGGGAGCUGGGAAGAGAAGGAGAAGGCGGCUCAGGAUAUUGGGAAGCUUGCCAGAGAUGACGGGAAGAUAAGGAAGUUGAUGGCCGAGCUCGGGGUUAUUCCGGUGUUGGUUGCUAUGGUGGAUUCCGAUGUGGCGGCUCGCCGGCGCGUGGCUGUCACGGCCUUGAUAGAGCUUGCUAAUGGAACUUUCACGAACAAGGCGGUGAUGGUGGAGGCAGGAAUCUUAUCCAAGCUGCCAAAGAACAUUGAUGCCGUCGAUGAAUUGACGAGACGUGAAAUGGCAGAGUUGCUUUUAUCAUUGUCUUCUCUUGCAAACACCCAAUUCCCUCUUGCCUCAUCGGAAAUUCUCCCGUUUCUCAAAGGCAUUCUGGAGUCAGCUUCAACUGUCGAAACCAAAGAGCCAUGUUUAGGAACUUUAUACAACCUCUCCGCCGUGCUGGACCACGCUGGACCUCUUGUCUCAGGCGGGUUGGUAAACACUCUCUUGAUGCUCUCCACAUCGAAACCACUUUCGGAGAAAGCACUUGCAAUAAUGGGGCACUUGGUGGUGCCGUUAAUGGGGAAGAAGGAAAUGGAAAAUAGUGCAAAUGUGCCGGAGUGUUUGAUAGAGAUUUUGACGUGGGAAGAUAAACCCAAAUGCCAAGAAUUAUCGGCUUACAUUUUGAUGAUUUUGGCUCACCAGAGCUCAGCCCAACGGGAAAAAAUGUGCAAGUCGGGGAUUGUGCCGGUGCUUCUUGAAGUGGCGCUAUUGGGGAGCCCUCUGGCUCAGAAGAGGGCGCUGAAGCUACUGCAAUGGUUCAAAGAUGAGCGGCACGCGAAUAUGAAGCCGCAUUCCGGGCCGCAGACCGGAAGGAUUGCGAUGGGUUCGCCCUUGAAUGGAAGGGAGACUCAAGAAGGGAAGAAAAUGAUGAAGAGUUUGGUGAAGCAGAGUUUGAAUAAGAACAUGGAAAUGAUAACGCGACGAGCCAAUCCUGCUGCAGACGCUUCGAAGCUGAAGGCUCUUGUGGUCAGCACAAGCUCUAAGAGCUUGCCUUAUUGAAAGUUUUUUCAGGCUCUUCCACGGGAGAUGAUUUGAGAAGCAUUUGUGGGAAAAUUGAUGUUUUUCCAUAGGGGGGGUGGGGGGAGGAGAUGAUCAUCAACUCCUUGCCUUGGAGAUGCACUCGUUGUGCAGUAUGAAUGUUGUAAAUAAUGGAGAAAAAUGAAAAUCAUAAAAGCUUGUUACUCAUUCUUGCCCUUUUCACACGGAUCUAUGUCUGUGAUGAUGUUGAGGCAUAGGAAACUAGGUUACUUGAUGAAUACAUAAGUGUAUACCUUCAGGAUUCAA